UCCUGGAUGUCCUCUGGAAGCUUUUGGAACCUUCAUGACAUCACUGCAUGCAAAACAAGGCGCGAGCAGCGAGAAUGAGAGAGGGACGCAGCUCGCUGGCACAGAGGCACGGAGCGGUUUCUACGGGGGGGAAAACAGAAGGACUCCAGCAUGGACACGGCUGAUCAGAACACCACGGGGGGGAUGGAGACGGAGAGCCAGCAAACUGAGGACGAGGACUUCUCUGCCAUGCUGUCAGAUGAGAUGGAGCAACAGAUGACCAUCAGCGAGAACCCGUCCGGCAGCUGCAGGAAGGUCCGAUUGAGAUCCAGACCCAGGCUGAAGUCCACAAAAAGUUUCCCACCUUACAGUCAGUGUAUCGGGGGACUCGGAGAAGACGGCGAGGCGGACGGUCCAAUCAAUCCGGAUUCCGGUGACGUGACGAGGAAACAAGGCAAUCAGGUCGCUCGAGGCCCGGAGAGAAAAGAGGACUUUGAGCUGAACGCAAGGCGAGCGAGGGAUGAGGUGAAGGCCAAAUGGAGGAUGAGGAGGAAGGAAAGGCUUUGGGGGAGCCACGAGGUGGACACGGACGGUUGGGAGAGGGCGAGGUGGAGCGGGAAAAGAAGCGUAGAAGGGAGCGGAGGGGAGACGGACUGUGGGUCGUCCCCAAACAGCAGCUGGAAACACUGGAGGGGGAGAAACUCCAUUUUAGAGGCUCACAGACAAGAAGCAGAGGAUGGAGAGAGGAAGAUGUCUCCCGUCGCAGCGGCAGAGGUGGAGGAGGAGGAAGGGGGAGGGGAGACACCAGAGGGGGAGGACGAACAGGCCGAGCAGGUGGCGGGAAUGAGAGAGUGGUCCUCCCCACAUCCAAUCCUCUCCAAGCUUCUGCAGGUCUCCUCCACCUCCUCCAGCUCCUCCGUCAACUUCUCCUCGGGCAGAGAGCGACGAAGUCUUCAGCGAGGGAGAAGAUGUCGGCUCAAAGAGGAUGGCGUUCAGGAAGUGCCGCUCCUGGAAAACCUACAUGACCAUGAUGCACUGGUCGCUGCGGCGGCAGAGCUCCUGGGUCCAGCUGGCUGGACAUCAAGGCACGUCCAACCCGAACCUCCUCAGUGACUACUGUGUUCACCACAUUACUGCACGUGUCUGUACACUACUGCAUAACAGAUAUAGUUCAUAUAUACAUAUAUGUUUAUGUUCACUUUUCAUUGGAUCAAAGAAUCUCAUAGAAGACCACGACACACAGACGUGAUUGUUCCCUCGUGUUUGAACCUACAAAUCACACGGGAACACACACUGACGAUGAUAUCUGACCGACUUUAUUAC